AUGGAAUAUCUGAAAUAUAUUGAAUGCAAUGAUAAAAGAAACGCUCAAAAUUUUUUAAUUGAAGCUUCCUUACUCCCCUCCGUGAGCGAACAAAGGAUAUUUUUAAUAUAAAAUUGUUUAUCAAAAAAUUUUGAUAUAUAAGUGAUUAAUUAAUUAAAAAUCAUUUGCCAUCACAGCACGGGCUGAGGAUUUGCACCUUUGGAUUUCAGUAAGUCUUUACAUAUUAGAUCUUUAAGGCUAAAUCUCAGCUAAAAUAAUUAGAUCCCGAUAAAAUAUUUUUCAAACAGUUUUUUUUUUUCCUGUAAAAAUCGAGAAAAAAAGGUAGUUUUUUUCAUGUAUUUUCAUAUAAUGAAAAAACCUAUUUUUUCUUAUAGCCCGCUUUAGAGUUAGGGUUAUGGCACGCAAAUAAAGCCAUUAGAAAUUAUACAAUUUCUCAAGUGGUUUUACAUGGCGAUUUUACUGAUGAAAAUAGGCAGCAAAGAGGCAGAGAGUCCAAUCAAAACCCCUCUAAAUUUAGCAAAUAA